AUGGCGAGUCAAAUGGAGGAUCGUCGAAGAUGUUUUGGUAGGCACGACUACGUGAGCCAGCCGAUGGCAUUGCCGAUGUGCCACCGUGAAGGAGAACAGAGAAGAAGGUGGAAAAAGAAGAAGAGCCAGCAACAGCAGCAGCAGCAACAGCAGCAUCACCGAUGA